UUAAUAAAUAAAAACCUUUUUCAUUCUCCCUCUAUCCGAACGACGAAAUCCGCUGCUAGGGUUUCCCGAUCCCGAUCCCGAUCCGAGACCAGCCCCACCCAUCGCCGGCGCACGAAUCCGCCACCGGGACAGCGGGGAAUCGGAGAAUCGACGAUGUCGUCGGCGAAGAAGAUCACCCUCCGGAGCUCCGACGGGGAGUCGUUCGAGGUCGACGAGGCGGUGGCCGUCGAGUCGCAGACCAUCAAGCACAUGAUCGAGGACGACUGCGCCGACAGCGGGAUCCCGCUCCCCAACGUCACCAGCCGGAUCCUGGCGAAGGUGAUCGAGUACUGCAAGAAGCACGUCGAGUCCGCCAAGCCCGACGACCGCACCACCGAGGACGAACUCAAGGCCUGGGACGCCGAGUUCGUCAAAGUCGACCAGGCCACCCUCUUCGAUCUCAUCCUGGCUGCAAACUAUCUAAAUAUCAAGGGCUUGCUGGAUCUGACAUGCCUGACUGUGGCAGACAUGAUCAAGGGGAAAACUCCGGAGGACAUCCGUAAGAGUUUCAGCAUCAAGAAUGACUUCACCCCUGAGGAAGAGGAAGAGGUUCGCCGCGAGAAUCAGUGGGCUUUUGAAUAAAAGUGCAUCUAUCGAGCAAAUCUGAAUCUUGCAGUCAUGAACUAUCUUCCCUCUGCUGACUGGAACAUGAAGUUGUGCUUUAUUUCAUGCUAUUCUCCUUUUCAAUGUGAAUGAGUGACCCACUGUUUAUGACUAUGAUAGUGUUCAUCGUGCCAUGGAAGUGCUAGAAUUCAUUUGGUCA